AUGUCGGGCGAUCACAAAACGUUGAUACAAGGGCAUCCAUCGCAGUAUGUGAAAUUGAAUGUUGGCGGUACAUUGUUUUACACAACUAUCGGCACUUUAACUAAGAGCGAUAAUAUGCUGAGAACUAUGUUUAGUGGUAGAAUGGAAGUACUGACAGAUUCUGAGGGGUGGAUACUUAUUGACCGAAGUGGAAAGCACUUCGGCACUAUUCUAAAUUACCUUCGCGAUGGCACAAUUGGCCUACCCGAUAAUUAUCGUGAGAUUAUGGAACUAUUAGCCGAAGCCAAAUAUUUUUUAAUAGAAGAGCUAACCGAAUCUUGUCAUCAAGCUCUGGGUAAAAAAGAAAGUGAAGCUGUACCCAUAUGCCGUGUGCCUUUGAUCACUUCACAGAAAGAAGAGCAGUUGCUUAUUAUGUCUACUUCAAAGCCUGUUGUAAAACUUUUGAUAAAUAGACAUAAUAACAAGUAUUCCUACACAAGCACAUCAGAUGAUAAUUUAUUGAAAAACAUUGAAUUGUUUGACAAACUGUCACUACGCUUCAGUGGAAGAGUGCUAUUCAUAAAAGAUGUGAUUGGCUCAAUUGAGAUCUGCUGUUGGUCGUUUUUUGGACAUGGCAAGAAAUGUGCGGAAGUUUGCUGUACAUCUAUUGUGUAUGCCACAGAUAAGAAACAUACAAAAGUAGAAUUUCCUGAGGCAAGAAUUUAUGAAGAAACAUUGAGUAUUUUAUUGUAUGAGAGUAGAAAUGCUCCUGACCAAGACUUAAUACAAGCCACACAAUCUGCCCGUGGAGCUGUCUCUGGACUCUCAGCUACAAGUGAUGAGGAGGAUGAGCGUGGCUUGGCCCGGCUAAGAUCCAACAAGCAGAAUAACCCAUCAUAG